AUGACGGCCCCAACUCCCGAAGCAGUUCUCCAUCUGGCCACUCUCCAUACCCUCGCACAGGCAGGUUUCGCCUCCACUUCCCAAGCGGCUUCCCUCACUUUAUCGACCGUCAUACCCAAAUACCUCAAGGUACUAGCUACAGCAUGUGUGGAACGAGCGAGUUUGGCCGGUCGAGGCAAAGUAGCUGCCAUCGACGUCGUAGAUGCUCUGGAUGAUCUGGGAGUGAACGUGGAUGAGUUGAUAGAUUGGGCGGUCGUUCAGAGUGGAGAUUAUUUCGAUGAUACUUCGAUGGGUGGUCUACAAGAUUAUCUGCAGGAAGGGCUGAGUGUGGAAGAAGGUAUAGCUCAAAUGAAACUUGUUCCAGAAGAGGAACUAGAGCAAGAUGAUGAGAAGGAAGAGAGGGAGGCGGAGCAGCAGCACGAUGAACUACGAGGAGAUGAAGAUGUUACGAUGGAUCAAUCUCGCGAGGACGGACAGGUCAAGGUCGAACCGGAGGAAGAACUGGAAGUGGAAGAGAGACCAUAUAUUUAUCGGCAUAAAUCACCUGAUUUCUCUUGGCUUCCGCCUUUACCUUCUACCAACGAUCAAUCUCAACAGGGCCCCACCUCUCCUGGGACUCGAGAACCCGACCAACCUUCAUCUUUUGAAGCCAUACCUCUUCCUGCACCUUCCCAAUCGAUAGCCGACCGAUAUCGACGUCCAAUCAGCUACGCUUCAUCCCAACUAUCUCAAGCUCAUCCAUUUCAUGAUCCACCCCAACCCCGACCGUCAUCAUCCAUCCCAAUACCUCCUGCACCAAGCUCUUUACCCACUUUGAUAUCUACCUAUGCGUCCAUCGCUUCUGACCCGUCUAUAACCUUGCGUCAAACCGAUCUCCGACGUCAGGCAACCGAACUACUGCGUCAAACUAUAUCGACUGUCGAUUCUUACUCUCCUUCACCAACUUUGACUACACCCAUCCCACCAGUGAGGGCAAGUUCCAUCGUACCUUCUCAUUCAGAUAUAUUACCUCAGAAACUUCUACCUGUCAAUCCCAAUUCGAAUUCGAACGCCAAUGGUGGAUUAUUGAGUUCAAUGGUACAUCAAAUCCAUUCACCCAAUCUACCUUAUACCCUUCGAGAGAGAUUGACCUCGCUUAGACCACCGGUAGUUCAAAAUAGGAAUGAUCAACCGAUCUUCUAUAACGAUCCUGUGAGAGGUCCUGAUGAAUCUUCUUUAAUGAAAUUUAAAGGCAAACAUAACGCAAAUACCAAGACGGAAGGAGAAGAUGGAGUUGGAGGAGAAGAAGGAAAAGAGAUAUGGUUGAAGCAAACUUGGGAUUCGGGUCCAAGGGGAAUAGAUAAAUGGUCAAAACCUUUUUUACCCAAGGGGAAAAAAGUCAUCAUACAGCGUGAAGGUGAGAAGAAACCUAGGAUGGAUCCUGAGGACAUUAGACGAAUACAGGAACAACAAGAGCGAGAAUUAGAAAAGGAAAAAGAGAGGAUGAAAGAACAGGAGAAUGGGAAAGUAAAGGUUAAUUUGAGAUUACCUAAUUUCAAUGGGAAUAGUCUGAAUGAUACCGAUCAGAAAGAUGGAUCGGUCGGACAAACGAACGGAAAUAUGAGUACGAAUACGAAUACAAGUAUAAGUCCGAAUACAUCUCAAGUUACUACACCAGGAAUUAAAAUCAAAUUAGGUGGUGGUGCUGGAGCUGGUGGCAGUAGCAAUAAUUCUAACGGUAAUCAGAAAUUAUCUAUUUCACCUGGAUUGAUGAUGCCAUCAACGAAUAAUGAAUAUCCAAAUUCGGUAAAUCCAUAUUGA